CAGUCAACGAAUGUAAACAGAAGUCAUUGCCCCUGUUUAUAAACUUCACGAAAUUGCCUAAUAAGCCCACAGCUUUUGUUAACUAGCAGAAUCCCUCUCUCCUCACAGAUCAUCCUUAUUCUCUUCAUCUGAUGAAGUUUUAUUGACCCAAAAGAGAAAACAAAAAAUCGAAAAACGAAAAAAGAUCAUCCCUAUUCUCUUAUCCUCUUGCCAUUGCAUCCAGUAAAUAGCGUGGCUUCUGUAGGUUUCUGUAUGCUCUUGAAGUUAUGUCUCUACAGCGCCGUGUUGAUCAUCUGACCAAAAUCAUAAGCGACGCACCAGGUAAACUGGCACGAUGUCUCCCAUCCAAAGUUAGAGAACUUUUAGCAAAGAAAUGGGAAAGAACACAUCUUUCAGCUUCAUUCUGGAACAAGAUGAUUGUAAUUUCAUGUCUAAUUGCAAUUUCCCUAGAUCCCUUGUUUUUAUACAUUCCAUUCAUCGAUGAGGGAAAGAAAUGCCUUGGAAUGGACAAAAAGUUGAAGAAUGUGGCUCUGGUUUUGCGAUUUCUAACGGAUAUUACUUUCUUGGUGGAUAUUGGAUAUCAAAUCUAUGAAGGUGUUCAAAAUGCCUACAAGGAGAUCAACCAAGGGAAGGAAACAUGGGAAUUGGAUUGGCAAGCGACGUUCAUAAGAAGAGAUGAGAUCAUUCCAUUUGCUGUGAUAUUAGCUCGGGAGUUGAAGUGGUGUUCUUUGGUGACUGACCUUCUCUCUGUUUUUCCCAUGCCACAACUUCUAGUAGUAAAGCUUUUUUUCAAACCGAGAAGGCCGGGAUAUUUAGAAUGGAAGGAAACGAUUGUCAACUUUUUUCUUCUCUGCCAAUAUUUGCCAAGAAUUUAUCGAAUUAUCUUAUCUUCUACUGAACUUACAAGGACCAUCAGAAUAAGGGUCAAAGCCCUAUUCAAUUUGUUUCUUUACAUUCUUGCUGGCCAUGUUCUUGGAGCUUUUUGGUACUUCUUUUCCAUUCAACGAGAGACCUCAUGUUGGUACCAGGCUUGUCAAAACAAUAUUACAUACGAAGGAUGCAAGACUAUCUUUUAUUGUCAUGAUCAGAGUACGUCAACAAAAGAUAUUACCACUUUUUUGGAUGAACAUUGCAAAAUAGAUGUUCCAUACAAUGAUACAGCGCCGUUUGAAUAUGGAAUAUUUAUUGAUGCCCUUAAGUCUGGUAACGCGGGGAAUAAUUCUACUUUUCCAAACAAGUUAGCCUACUCUUUCUGGUGGGGCCUGAGAAAUCUAAGCAACUUUGGCACGAAUCUCACAACAACAAGUAAUUAUGUGUGGGAAAACUUGUUUACAAUUCUUAUUUCUAUCACUGGCUUACUACUAUUUAUAUAUCUAAUUGGAAAUGUUCAGACAUUCAUUCAGAUGAGAACCACACAAUCGGAGGAAAGUAGGAAGAAGAUUAAAUCAAAAGAAGGAGAGAUAGACACGUGGAUGAAGAAAUAUGAUAUUGGUGAUGGAAUGAAGAAGGAAAUCAUGAAAAUCAUACAUAAAAAAUUGGAAGAAGACAAAGAUGCUGAUCUGGAGAAUCUAUUCAAUGUUCUUCCCGGUUAUAUGAAAAAAUAUCUAAAGCAUCAUCUCUGUUCGAACUUUCUGUCACAAGUUGAACUCCUUAAACUUAUGAAUGCCACAGUGCUGAAAAUGAUGUGCGACUGUCUGACGCCAGUGACUUACGCAGCAGAGCACAUCAUAUUUCCAAUGGGGGGCCCAAUUGAUCGCAUGCUUCUCAUUAUAGAAGGCACUGUAUUGACCUACAGCAGCAUAACUCCUAAUCCUAGCUUUGCACGUGGUGAAGAAACAACAAAAGAUUCUGGUGCUGCCCCAUCCCCAUCCACAUCAAUGGCCACCAACGAACUUGAGAAAGGUAAUGUUUAUGGAGAAGAGCUUCUGAAGUGGGCAUCGCCCAACAAAACUGGGAUUGACAACCUUCCUACCAGCAACGAAAAUGUGAGAUGUCAUACAAAAGUAGAAGGCUUUGCUCUCUCAGCCAAGGACUUGCUAAAGGUAGUCUCCAAACACGAACAGUCGUGGACCUUAAACUUGGACCCCUGAUCUCCCUCCCUCCUUCUACAUAUGUAUGUAUGUAUGGUAAUUUAGUACACUAAAUAUUUGGUAACCUUC